CGGUUCGUCCGAACAUCCCCCCUCAGCUGCUUGUUGCGACAUCAGCAACCGAUUUGGGAUCGGAACACGCUCUUUUGAACUUCCCAUUUGCAAACUCCUGCCAACCUGUGGAGCGUUUGGGCGGUGACGGACGCUGGCCCACAAGAAUCCACGGCGCCGAUUGUUUGGCGUGAUCUUCCAUCGUCUUCGUGACACCAACUUUUUGAGGAUUCCCGGCUGUCGAGGGUGAGCAAGCGAGAAGAUGUCAAAGAUCUGUGCUUUGGUGUUAAUGACAACCAUCUCGCUGGUGAUUGCUGAAGAACAGAAACCUGACGAUGACCCAUUCACCUUUGACUACUACAGACUGCGUGUUGGAGGUCUGAUCCUUGCAGCGGUCCUUUGUCUUAUUGGCAUUACCAUCCUGUUCAGUGGCCACUGCAGGUGCAAGUUCAAGCAAGACAAAAGGAGGAGGGCAGGAAGCAACGUUCAGGCAAUGCUAAAGGACCAAGGUCAUGCUUGUGAUUGCUAGAAGUUCACAAGAACACGACUUCCCCGAAAAAAGCAGCAGCAGCAGCAGUGGCCUAUUUGAGGCGGGGAUUUUCAACGUUAGGGAAACCAACAGGAACUUGUCAGAUGUUGGCUUGUUGUGAUAACAGUUGCUCUCUAGCCAGCUCUUCCCGGCUCUCACAAACACACACACACACACAGUUGCAUUUGAAAACACACACUGUUAUUAAAUUCCUUUUUUUUUUUUUACUUUGUCAUAAUUAUUCAUCACUUUGGGUUAAAAGCUUGAAUUUAUUAAAGUUGAUGUGACCUGUUACACAAACCAAUUACCAAAACAUUUUCUUAUAUACAGAAGUUGUGUCAAUGUAUCUCACUACUCUGUAUUGUGUGUUCUAGAAAAAUUGUAGAGCUAAACAUUAGCUACGCAGCCUAACGCGUGUUUCAUGUAUCCAUGCCAAAUACAUCAAAUGCACCGAGUCCUAAUUAUCCAUGAGCUACGUUACAUUUCGAGUGGUAUUACUAAUUGCUGAUCAUCUUUUAACCUUCCAAGUUAGCUUCUUUGAGCAAUGCGGUUGAUGUCACCAUCACCAUUCAGAAACAGUUUCUACCAUGUCCCAAUUAAAAAAUGGUUCAAAUAAA